AUGAAUGAAGAGUUGAUUAAUAGUGCUGUUUCAUUCUUGAAAGAUCCUCAAGUUGGUACUUCACCAUUAACUAAGAAAGUAGAAUUUUUGGAAUCGAAAGGAUUAAACCAAGAAGAGAUUGAAGAAGCUUUAAAAAGAGCUAAUGAUAAUUCUUCUUCUUCUUCGGUGACAAGUUCUAAUCUGUCCAAUACAACUUCAACUUCACCAUCGUAUCAACCAACUUCCCAACAACAACAACAACAACAACAACAACAACAACAACAACAACAACAACAAGUUUAUCCACAACCUCCACUUGAUUAUUACAAUGUUGCUCCACCAGUACCAGAAAGAUCAUGGAAGGAUUAUUUUAUAAUGGCCACUGCUACAGCUGGUGUUACUUAUGGAUUAUAUCAAGUAAUCACUCGUUAUUUAAUUCCAUCAAUUAUUCCACCUUCUCAAUCUUCAAUUGAUCAAGAUAAAGAAAUUAUUAAUGAAGAAUUUAUUAAAAUUGAUAAAAUUUUAGAUCAAUUAACUAUUGAACAAGAAGAAAUUAAAAUUUCUAAUCAAAAUAAAUUAACAGAAAUUGAUACAGUUAUUGAAAAUAUUAAUGAUUUUUUAAAUAAAUAUAAUAAAGAUAAAUUAAAAUUUGAUGAUGAUUUAAGAUUAAUGAAAUUAGAAAUUGAUAAUUUAAAUAAUAAUAUUGAAAAAAAUAUGCAAUUAACUAAAGAAAAUAUUAAUGAUGAAUUAAAUGAAAUAAAUCAAGAAUUACAAUCUUUAAAAAAUUUAAUAAAAGCAAGAAAUGGAUCAUCAAUUAAUCAAAUUAAUGGUGGUAAUGAAACAAGAAAAAUUGCUCCAGUAUCUUCAAUACCAUCUGCUUCAGAAAUUUUGAAAAAUGCUAGAGCUAGAGCUAGAAAUGUUGAAAAUAUUACUCCAGAACCUAAACAAGAGAUAAAACAAGAGUCAGAGCCAGAACCAGAACCUAAACAAGAGUCAGAAACAAAACCAGUGAAAAAAUCAGAACAAUCAAUAUUAUCAAAAUCAGAUGAACUUAAACGUAGUAAAGAUGUGACUAAAAAUGGAGUUGUUGCUUCUGGUAUUCCUGCAUGGCAAUUACAACAUAAAGAACAAGAAAUUGAAGAAAAAUCUAAUCAAGAAGAUUCUCAAAAACAAUCCACUAACAAUAAUAAUAAUAAUGGAAUCCCGGCAUGGCAACAAGCAGCAUCAUCAGUUGAUACUCCUAAAUCAGAAGAAGAAAUUAAAGAAAAAAUCAAGAAUGUUGGAGUUCCAACUUGGCAAUUGAAUGCUUCUACUAAUAAUAGUACCACUAGAAAUGAUGAUUCUGAUUCUAAUACUGUGACUCCACAACAAUCUACAUCUGCUGAAUAA